GCGAAGCGCCUCACCUCGCUCCGGUGCCAGAGACCCCCGCGCAGUGACAGUGCCGUGACGUCGUGAACCCAGUGAACCAUGUCCUUGAGCUACCUUCCCGCCAUGAGCGCCAUGGGGGGCGCGAUGAACGUCAUGUACGCCGGCGCCACCAUGCCCACCCACACCCUGGAGGAGCGCCUCCACGGGCUGCCGCUGUACUCGUCGCCGCAGACCGUCCUGGACGCCAGCGCCUCGGUGGGCGGGUGUCCGCUGUCCCCGCCGACAAGCCCCACGAGCAGCAGCAGCGCCGGCGUCGGCAGCCCCAGCCAGCUCACGGACCUCAGCCAGUACUCGUCGCACGGGUACUACAACGCCAUGCCGUACCAGCACCUGCAGCAGCACCACCAGCACCAACAUCAGCACCAGCUCCCGCACCAGCACCACAUUAUCAACAACAACAACAACAUCGUGAAGGAGGAGCCCCUGCCGUACCACCCCGUCUACAUCCCCAGCCCCGCGGACGACACCAAGCUCCACCACGUCCCGGACAGCAGCGGCCAAGUAAGCGACGCCCACCUCCUGCACCACAACAACGACUACAUGCAGCAGCACGCCGUCCACCACCACCACUACAGCGAAGCGCCGCUGAGCGAGGAGGGCGACGACGACGACGACUUCAAGGACGUCAAGGACUUCAAGGAGGAGGAGGAAGAGGAACAGCAGUACUGCCGGAAGCGGAAGCUGAGCGAGGUGGACUGCAGCAGCUCCGAGGACGGCCUGUCGCAGCGGGGCGGCGCCUGCAAGGUGCGCCGUCGGUCGUCGCCGCAGAACGUGGAGGACAUGCAGAGCCAGCGCGUGAUGGCCAACGUGCGCGAGCGGCAGCGCACGCAGAACCUCAACGACGCCUUCGCCUCGCUGCGCAAGAUCAUCCCCACGCUGCCCUCCGACAAGCUGUCCAAGAUCCAGACGCUCAAGCUGGCGGCGCGCUACAUCGACUUCCUGUACCAGGUGCUGCUCAACUCGGGCGGCGCCAGCGCCAUCUCCAGCCUCGCCGAGCACCACAGCGCGCUCAACGACUUGAACGCCGACCGUCUGAGUCCAGGAUGCGGCCGGGGCAGUCCCUCCGGGGGCGGCAGCGGCCCCUGCUCCCCCGCCAGCCGCCUGGCCCUGCUGGCCGCGUCCGGGGCGUCCGGGGCGUCCUCCGGGACGUGCUCCUACGUCAACCACGAGAAGCUGAGCCUCGCCUUCUCCGUCUGGCGGAUGGAGGGAGACUGGAGCGCCGGCGACAAGUGA